UCAACAAAUCCCGCAACAGUUCUGGGUUUUGGUACGUGGAAGCAGAUUGUAGAUAAAUUCUUAUACUGUGCUAGAUAUUCAAAGCAAACAGGAGGUUCGAAGAAAAUUAAAGAAGCAAACCUUCCACCGCACACUCAUACAGGAACGACAAACUUUUCUGGCGACCAUAGCCGCUCAUUAAAAGACCACCCAUUAUACAACUCAGAGUAUGAAGCUGGCAAUGACGUUUUAUCUCCAUCUUAUAACAAUUCAGCAAAAAAGACUUUUCGACCAACUGAACCAGGAGGAAAUCAUGUCCAUACUUUCACAACAAAUCCAACAGGCUCGGGUGCAGAUUAUAUGCCACCAUUUGUGACUGUAUUCGCAUGGUACCG